AUGAAUUCAAUAAAUGUAUUUUUACUCCUAACGGUUGCUUAUCUAUCCUUCCUUGGAGUUGCAUCAGCCAACCGACAAUACCCAAGUGACAUCUUAACAAACCCAAAAGAUGAUUGUGGAUAUGUGUGUGGCAAAAUAAACACCGAAACCAAGGACAGCAACUGUGGAAAUGCUGACAAGCGUAAAGAGUCAUUCCUUCAAGUCCACGAUCCAAAUGAUAAUAAAGAAGAAAAGGAUGAAUAUUUUGAAGCCAAGUAUUUUGAAUGUGUUGAAAAAUGUCCACAAGAUUAUCAAGAAUAUGAAUCAAAAAAGAUUUGUGUUAAAGAUGUUGAAGAAUUUAAGAAAGACAUUGCAAGAACAGUCGAUCCAAUCGAUGAAAAGCUUGACUACACGUGGUGGAUUGUUGGAGGUGUCGCUGGACUUCUCAUUGUUGCCCUUAUCAUUGCUUUUGUGUUUAUUAAAAGUAGAUCUGGAUAA